CUGCGGGUUAAUAGCGACAGUUGCACCCCGCCAGUGUCCCGGUUCCCUCGUUAGAGAUGCGCCGCUUUCCACCCAUCAUUAUCUGUCCAAGACCAUAAAUUCGAUUCACGGUAUGGCGAGCAACAUUGAUGCUCACAGUGAUCAGUCGCCCGGGGGAGACGAGGGUGGAGUGGGUGAAUCCUUGUAUUACUUGAUUCGCCACAUCUUCCUUCCCCCGAAGCUGCCAUACCCCGACGAGACCUGCAAGGCGAACGAACAGACGCUGGGAACGGUUCACCGCGAGGCAAACGAACAGGCGCUGGAUGAGGCAACCAAACGGGCGCUGGAGGCGGCUCGCAAGGCAAACGAACGGGCGCUGGCGGCGGCUCGCGAGGCAAACGAACGGGCGCUGCUGGAGGCGGCUCGCGAGGCAAACGAACGGGCGCUGCUGGAGACGGUUUGCGAUGCCUUGAAGCGUUUCAGGCGGUUCCUCUGCGCGGAGCAGACCCCAGCGGUGGAUCGCUGCAUCCGAAUGCUGUCGUACAUGAUGGACGCACGAGACGCCUCGAGCGGGCGCUGGAGUGCCGACGUCUGCGGGGAGCAGAUAGGCCGACUAGAAAAUGACGACUGCCUGGUGGUGCACAUCCGACAGCAGAACGCCGGUCUUAUCAUCACACGGGCGAAUGCCGAGAUGCACUUCGAGUCGCUAGAGGUUCUCGCCACAGAUACGGCAACAGAUACGGCAAUCGCCACAGAUACGGCAACAGAUACGGCAAUCGCGGGCGCGGGGCGACUGCGGCGUCGCUUUCCUGACCGGGCCGUGGCUGUGGCCCGGAGCAGCAUCAUCGACCCGCCAUUCCUCCAGCCGUUCUUACGCUCGGUUGCCGAGCUCGACCGCACCCAGGGCAUGCCGAGACGCCCUGCACUGGCCAAUGAAGUGCUCAUGGCCGUGCUGCGUCGCAUCGGUCGCGGUUUGGCGGACGAAGUUGUGUCUAUAUCCAAACAUAGCAGAGAGGAAUCACUCACCGAGGAGUGGCCCCCAGACCCCGCGGAACCGACGCUUAGACAUGGUUAUACCAAGUUCUCCUGGCGCAGAUCACCGCUGUGGCUUCUGCUCAGGGUGGCCCUGCAGCUGACGCUCGACCGGGCGGCAAAACGGGAGGAGCAACGCGCCGGACGGCCUGCCGUGUCGCUGUACAAGGCCGCCAUGGUUUUCACCAUGGGCUGCGUCCUGGACAAGGCGGCGUCCGGGCACGUGCCCCACGACCUCCUCUUCUUUAUGAAGUCCAAAAUCAGCCAGCGCAUCAUGAAGCUGGCGUCUAGCGAUGAGGGGGCGACCGCGGCGGCCUGGUACAGCUUCCCGUGCGAGGUGCUGCGCCGUGUCGACCCCAUGCUCACCAAGACUUGGGACGCCAUCCAGUCGGCCGAAGAGACGGCGCCGCCACUCCUGUCAGGUCUCGAUUUCCGCCAGGAUACGCUGUUGAGCCUCGAGGCGCUGAAACUACAUCUGAAGUGGAUCAGUCAGAGGAGACAGGCCGAAGCUCCUCAUGACGCCAACCACUCUUUCCCUUUCCGCCGAGCCCAGUUGGAGGGGGCACCCCGGGAUACUUUCAGCAGCAGCAGCACCGGCGACAUGGUCUACUUUGAACUAGCUGAUUUUGAGAAGUGGGCUAAAGUCCAGGCCAGGCCCAGGGAGGACAGCAUCUCCGGCUGCGCGGCUACAGCCACGCCUGCUGCCACUUUCGAAGACGCGGAUGCGGGGGGGGCCUGUUGUGCCGAGGGAAAACGGCCGGGCUUCGCAAGCAGUCCUCCAAGCCUCCCAGGCAGCCAAGCCGGAAAGGGCAGUGGUUGGCAGUGGCACGUCGACAACGUUUCGGCCCGGGCGCUCCGGGUCCUCGAUGCCGACUUCAAGUGCUUCGUCAGGCCGGCCGCCAGGUCGGAGCACUGCGAGCUGUGCAAGAUGCUCCACGCGGUGCUCUGGCCGCGGGGGACCCAGUCGACCCGGCCGGUCGGGCUGUACAGGAACGGAACAAAUCUAUGGGCCGACGAGCACGACCGACCCGUCGUGCACAUGCGCGUUGCCCCUACGUCGGAGAAUGACACCCCUAUUACGUCGGAGAAGGAUACCAUCCAGGUUGGGCCACCAAAGUUCCUGAUGAGGCCCAGCAAGGCGUACUUCGAGCUGCUGCGCAACUGGCUCCGACUCUGCGACGAGCGUCACCCAUCGUGCGGCUCAAGCUGCCAUGGCGGGUCGCAGCAGAGCCGCGACAGUCUGCCGACCAGAGUGAUCGAUGUGGGAGACGUUCGGAGCGGCGAGCAGCAGCAGCAGCAGCAGCAGCAGCAGCAGCCGACGCGCCUUCUGCGUCUCGUGAGAACCGAGGACCUGCCGGACCCAAGAAUCCGGUACGUGGCCCUGUCCCAUUGCUGGGGCAGGCCGACGGACGCGGAGCGAAGGCGGAACGGCACCUUCAAAGACAAUGUCGAGGAGCGCCGCAGGGGGAUAGACUACGACAAGCUCGGCAAGACGUUCCAGGACGCCGUCACCGUCACGCGCGCGUUGGGCCAGCGCUACCUCUGGGUCGACUCGCUGUGCAUCGUGCAGGAUGACGACGACGACUGGAAGCGCGAGUCGGGGCGAAUGGAAACCGUCUUUUCGUCGGCGUACUGCGUCAUCGCCGCCACUGCUGCCGGGGGGACAAGUGUCGGGUUUCUCAGGCGGCCGCCAACGACCCGGACGGUCCGGACGGUCGUGUUCCCCACGCCGUCGGGCCCCCCGCUGUAUCUGUGCGAGAGCGUGGACGACUUUGGCCGCGACGUUGAAGAUGCUGCCCUUAGCCACCGAGGUUGGGUUCUCCAGGAACGGGCUCUGGCGCGACGUACCAUCCACUUCAGCGCUGGCCAGACGUACUUUGAGUGCGGCGGCGGCAUCUACUGCGAGAGCAUGGCACUGAUGAAAAACCGAGAAGCCAGCGUCUUUGGAGACCCGCAGUUCCCAAAGCUCGCCAUGGAGCAGGCCGACGACGACGCCAGCAACGCACGGCACCGCGUUUUCCAGGUGGUCUUCAAGACAUACUCGCAGCUGGAGCUCAGUCGGCACACGGAUCGGCCAGUCGCCAUCGCCGGCGUGCAGCAACGCCUAGCCAAGGAGAUGGGCACUCCCGUCGCAUUUGGCAUCUUUGCCAAGCCCGAGUACCUCCACCGCAGCCUCCUCUGGUGCAGGGCAGGCGAUCUGCCGCUUCAAUGGAUCCACGACGUGUCCCCGCGAGUACCGUCGUCCCCGCGAGUACCGACCUGGUCUUGGAUGGCAUACAUGGGGGCCAUCGACUACCUAAAAACAGCGUCUGCCCAGAUCGACUGGAACCCCGACACCUCCUUGUCUUUUAAGACCGGCAUAAACACAAACACAGCAGAACUAACCGCGCCCGUCGUAGCAUUCAAGGCCGAGACGCCACCGAGCCUGCUUCCACUCGUCAUGGACAAUGCGCGUCCGGCCAAUGUGCAGGAGCUAAAGUGUAUUGUGACCACCGGCGAGCAAACCACCGGCGAACUUGCCCGGUACCAGAGAUUCGGCGUCGGCACCGUCUACGGGGCCAAUCUAGAGCUAAAAUGCCCCCAAGGACGCGAGAGGGAGCUCCCGCAUGUGCGCGGCGUCGACGUCAAAGGUGGCAUGGCAGAUGAGCGCCACCAUACGGGCGCGCCAGCCCAAACUGCUGUGCCGCCGGGCCCGUGA